AUGCUGUCAGAAGGGUAUCUCAGUGGACUUGCCUACCAGAAAGACAUCCACUGGAGCUGUUCAUCUUAUAAUGAGCAGGUGGCUGAGGAGAAGGAAGAAGAGACAAAAUCUGUUACUCAUUCCUACUGCUCGGUGGAUGAAACCCAAGUCCGAAGUCUGUAUGUGAGCUGCAAAUCCUCGGACAAAUUUAUUUCUUCCGUGCAUUCAAGAGAGAGCCAACACAGUAGAAAUCCGAGAGCCACAAUGCUGCAGACGAACCCCAACCCUGUGUUUGAAAGUCCCAACGUGGCUGCGGUCGAAAUAUGUAGAGACUCCAGCCGAGAGACCUACUUGGUCCCACCUUCCUGCCAAAGUAUUUGCAAGAAUUACAAUGACUUACAUAUUGCAGGGGACCAGGUGAUGGCUAUUAAUUCAGUGACAACAGAAUUCCCCCCUCAGAGCAGUUUUGAAUACGGCCCUUUGCUGAAAUCAUCUGAGAUUCCUUUGCCCAUGGAGGAUUCCAUUUCCCCUCAACCCAGCUACUUUCCCCAAAAACCUAUCCAGCAGUAUUCAUCCUACUGGAGAAUAACCAGCAUCAAAGAGAAAAGCAGCCUGCAAAUGCAGAAGCCUAUGUCUAAUGCAGUGCUGAAUGAAUACCUGGAGCAGAAGGUGGCCGAGUUAUAUCAGCAGUACAUUAUGGACACUGAGUUUCACGACAGUUCUCCCACCCAGAUCCUGGCAUCUGAACUCAUCAUGACAAGUGUGGAUCAAAUUAGUCUCCAAGUGUCUAGAGAGAAGAAUCUGGAGACCUCCAAAGCCAAGGACAUAGUCAUUAACUGUCUAUUACAGCUGGUAUCAAGUGAAAUCAGCACACCUAGUCUCCAUAUUUCUCAGUAUAGCAACGUGAAUCCAUAG